AUGGCAAUUCUAGCAAAGUUGCCCUUUUCUAAGCGGCGGCUCCGACCGCGCGUUGUCAUUUCCUACAUCUUCGACUAUGUGAUCCUAAUUGCUUGUGUGAUUGGUUUCUACAUUCUCGACUCAAUUGAGCCCUACCACCAACACUUCUCCCUCCAAAACAUUUCCAUCCAAUAUCCCUACGCCGUACACGAACGCAUUCCCAUCGCCUACGCCCUUUGUAUCUCCGGUGCUUUCCCCCUCGCUCUAAUUAUCAUCUACACGCUGUUUAUCGAUGGCUUGUUCUCGCACAAUAAGCCGCAAGACCCGGUGUCUGGAAAGCGGAAGCUGAGAGGUCCUCACCGAUGGAAGGAUAGACUUUGGGAGAUGAACUGCGGUGUUUUGGGUCUCUUGCUGGCACAAGGGAUCACUUUCGUCAUAACCCAAGUGCUGAAGAACGCUUGUGGCAAGCCUAGACCCGAUCUUAUCGAUCGCUGUCAACCACUACCACAUAGCAAGGACCUUUUCCCCGGCCUGUCGAACUCCACGAUCUGUCAGGGCGAUCCUACGAUACUGAAGGAUGGAUUCCGGUCGUGGCCAUCAGGCCACAGCAGCUCUUCAUUCGCUGGCCUAGUCUUCACAUCCCUCUGGCUCGGCGGAAAGCUCCACAUCAUGGACAACCGCGGCGAAGCCUGGAAACCACUCGUAGUAAUGGUCCCAAUUCUCGCUGCAACCCUUGUUGCCGUCUCCCGAAUUAUGGACGCACGCCACCACCCAUUCGACGUGAUCACAGGAUCAUUGCUGGGAACCGUCUGCGGCUAUGUUUCAUACCGCCAGUACUUCCCGCCGAUCACCGAAGCCUGGCGCAAAGGCCGGGCCUACCCAAUUCGCACCUGGGGCACCGACCCCGCAGGCCCCGAUGCUGUCCGGUUUAAGGAUACUGCCUUGACUCCGCUCCGCAACCCGGAGGAGGAGCGCAUGGAUUCCGAUAUGCCUAGGUCGGAACAUCCCAGGCCUGAUGCCUCGACGUAUCUCACCUCCUCCAACCCUUUUGCAUCAAACAUUUCCAAUCGCCGCCCGCACGACCAUGAACCUGAUGGUGGUGCUUGGUCGUCGAGUGAAGACGAUGUUACCAAUGGAUAUGAGAUGCGACCCGGUUAUUCUAUGGCGCAGAACCCUGCCGGUCAUGAUGCACUGCAAUAUGAUCCCCGAAAUGCGUAUGUGUCGCAAACACAGCCGCUUACGUCAGAGCCGAUGGCCGGUGCGGGAGGACGGCCGUUGACGGAUUUCCCUGGUAGAGCUAUGUAG